AACUUUUGCGUCAUUCGUGUUUGUUUUGAAAACUUUUUACCAAACUAAUUUAAUUUAUUCAACUUUUUAGGUGUCUAAGGGAACAAAUUUGCCAAAACCGAACGUACAAUCAUCAAAAAAUGGCCCUCAAUGAAUUUUUUGACUUUUUCAAAAAGGGCAAGGUAGGAAAUACUUUUAGACCCAAAAAGAGGUUUUCGCAAGGAACGAUGCGCUAUUCGCUGCAUAAACAGGCUCACGCGUCGCUCAAUUCGGGCAUCAACUUGCGCGAUGUCGUCAAAUUACCUGAGGGCGAGACCAUGAACGAUUGGUUGGCAGUGCACGUCGUCGAUUUCUUCAACAGAAUUAAUCUCAUCUACGGCACAGUGAACGAGUAUUGCACGGAGGAGAGUUGCAAGACGAUGUCCGGCGGUAGUAGAUACGAGUAUUUGUGGGCUGACGGCGAUAAAUACAAAAAACCAACAAAAUUACCGGCGCCAAAGUACAUUGAACUGCUCAUGGACUGGAUUGAGUCGCAAAUUAACAAUGAAGAUCUGUUUCCCGUGACGACGGACGUUCCAUUCCCGAAAACCUUCUCGACGCUCUGCAAAAAAAUCCUAACGCGACUUUUUAGGGUUUUUGUGCACGUUUACAUCCAUCAUUUCGAUCGAAUUGUCAGUAUUGGCGCCGAAGCUCAUGUCAACACCUGCUACAAGCAUUUUUAUUACUUCGUAACGGAAUUCGAGCUCGUAAGUGCGAAGGAACUUGAACCUCUGUCGGAAAUGACGAAACGAAUUUGCACGGAUGUCGCUGAAAAUCCGCUGGAACGAACACGAAGUCCCCAUCAGAGAUAAACGAAGCUCAAUCAAAGUUUAAAAUUUAACCAGUGCGAAUCUUGCGAAACAUAAAAAAUUAUCGAAAUUAUUAAAAUUUAGCCAUAUUGAUCCAAAAAAUUAUUAAUCGCCAUGCAUUUUAGCGAAAAACAAAAAAAAAUAAGCAUUUUAAUCCGUUGAAAGUUGUGUCUAAUUUUGUGUUAUUAAAUAUUUAAUAAAUU